AUCAGGUGCUCUCUCAGAGCCUUAUUUGUCGUGAUUCUACCAUCUCUUCGCCUCCACUCCCUCAGUACAAAUAUCAAAUACGGUUCACAGAAGGCAAGAGAAAACGAUGCACGCCAAGAACUCUUAAGGGGCCUCCGCAUUCCAGUGACUGCACGUGACAAAACAGACCUUUCACCCCAUUUCCUGUUUCUUUCUCGCGAGGCCUGGGGAAGAGUCCGGAAUGGAGGCUGUAGAAGAGGCAGAUGUCGAUGUUGAAGGGGACGCAACGGCUGUUGGAGAAGCGCGGUCGGGAAGCUAUGACAAUCCAUCAUCCAGUUUAUUCCAAGAUCACUACCUUGACUCAACUUGGAGAACUGAUACUGAUCUUCCUUGGAGUCUUGAUAGCACAAUUAGUGAAGAAAACAAGGCUGCCAUUGAGAAGAUGUUGUUGGAAGAAGAAUACUAUUUGUCUAGUAAAUCACCUUCAGAAAGGCUUUGGCGUGAUUUGAAGGAAGGCGAUAAAAAGUGCGUUAAAAGCGUACGAUCAUCUACAAAAUCUGGUGUAUCGUUAAAAUGGACAUCAGAAGAAAAGGAGUUAUUUGAGCAAGGACUGGCUAAGUUUGGCAGAAGGUGGACAAAAAUUGCCAUGAUGAUUAGUAGUCGCAAUGUUCUUCAAGUAAAGAGCUAUGCCAGGCAAUAUUUUAAGAACAAGACAAAAGCAGAUGGUUUGCAGAAAAUGGAACAACGUCAGUGCUUCAGUGCUCCAGUUCUUAAUAGCAGUGAAAAUGAGGAAAAAAGAAAAGUGGUGCUAUAUACACCUACGCAUUUAAGAGGUCGCGCAGACCCUAAUCUGAAUGCAGUGAAAAUUGAAAAAUUAUCUGAUGAUGAGGAAGUAGACAUCAUAGAUGAACUGGAUGAACAACUUUCUUAUGUGCCUCAUCAAGAAUCUGGGAAAUCUGAGCUAAUAGAUAGUCCAAAGAGUCAAGCUGAACAAACGAGUUGGAUGGAACCUAUUUUGGAUCCACCUGUUGCUCUAACUACAAGAUACAUUACAAAGCCAGAACAAAGUGAAGGUGAAAGUCCAGAAAAUGUAACAUUACAUUGUGAAAAAAAUGAUUGUGAACUUGUGAAAUCAAAUCAUCCCAAGUGUACCAGCUGGUUUUCUAAUUCAGAGAAUUAUGGAGAACAGGGUGACUUGGCUGACAACAGCAUUCUUUUUCAUUGUUCUGACCAAGUGGAAGAGGAGAACCAGAUUGAUACACAGGAGCUUAAGCCACCUGACCAAGAAGUGGAAAUAGAUAAAAAUGUCAUACUAGAAGAAGAAAAGCAAGCAAUACCAGAAUUUUUUGUUGGACGUCAAGCCAAAACUCCUGAGCGCUACUUGAAAAUUAGGAACUACAUUUUAGAUCAGUGGGAAAGAAUCAAACCCAAAUACCUGAACAAAACUUCAGUACGCCCAGGACUGAAGAACUGUGGAGAUGUAAACUGCAUAGGCCGAAUACACACAUAUUUGGAAUUAAUAGGCGCAAUUAACUUUGGUUGUGAGCAAGCUGUGUAUAACAGACCACAGUCAGCUGACAAAAUACGACCCAAAGAAGGCAAGGAUACUAUAGAAGCAUAUCAGCUAGUGCAACGGCUACAGUCUAUGCGUACAAGGAGACGGCGAGUCAGAGACCCUUGGGGAAACUGGUGUGAUGCCAGAGAUUUGGAAGGACAAACUUUUGAGCAUCUUUCUGCUGAGGAGUUAGCGAAGAGGCAAGAAGAUGAAAAACAUAAGCCACCGAAAACAUCUAAAGGACUAAGAUACAGCAAAAGUUCAUUUGAUCCUUUUCAGCUGAUCCCUUGCUGUUCCUUCACAGAAGAAAAAAGAGAGCCAUUCCAAGUAAAAAUAGCACCAGAGGCACUUCUGAUUAUGGAUUUGCAUGCUCACGUUUCAAUGGCAGAAGUAAUAGGUCUACUAGGUGGAAGAUAUUCCAAAACAGAUGAAAUAGUUGAAAUCUGUACAGCAGAACCAUGCAAUAGCCUCAGUACAGGCUUACAAUGUGAGAUGGAUCCUGUAUCUCAGACUCAAGCAUCAGAGACACUUGCUGCUAGGGGUUACAGUAUUAUUGGAUGGUAUCAUUCCCACCCUGCAUUUGACUCUAAUCCUUCAAUAAGAGACAUUGAUACACAGGCUAAAUACCAGAAUUAUUUCUCCAGAGGUGGCUCAAUGUUUGUUGGAGUGAUCAUAAGUCCAUAUAAUCGAAAUAACCCACUUCCAUAUUCCCAGAUUACAUGUCUGGUAAUCAGUGAUGAGAGUAGUUCUGAUGGUUCCUACCGCUUGCCUUACAAGUUUGAAGCACAACAGAUGUUGGAAGAACCUCAAUGGGAAUUAGUAUUGGAAAAAACACGAUGGAUCAUUGAAAAAUACAGAAUGUCGCAUAGUUGUGUGCCCAUGGACAAAAUCUUCCACAGAGAUUCAGAUCUGACCUGCUUACAGAAGCUGCUGGAGUGUAUGAGGAAGACUCUGGAUCAUGUGGCAAAUAGCUUCAUUGCUGAAGAAUUCUUGGCUCAGAUAGAAAACUUAUUCCUCUCGGACUAUAGUAAUAAGAAAUGGAAUAAUACUACUGAAAAAAAUAACAUGUGUCCAGAUGACCUGCUGACAUGAUGGUGUUGGAAAGAACAAUCACUUGCUUCCUAACACGGUGCCAUGAAGUGAACAUACAGUGUUGCUAAAGAAAAUUAUUUGUACUGAAAGAGUGUGAAACAAUCAUGACAAGUCACCUGAACUCCACCGUACUCCUAAUCUUUUGAAAUUAAGGUAAUACUGCAGGCAUAUGUAUGAAGUAUUUAGCAUUAGUAAGCUACUCUAUAUUGGUUUCCCAGAGUAGUUAAAGUGAUGCUGUACUACUUGGACCAACAGGUCAAUGUUCAUAUUGUAUUUUACCUAGUUUACAUUUUUCUCUAAGGAAUAUUACUGUAUAGAACAUUUUGGUGUCUAGUGCAAGAUGUUUUUGUUAGCAAACACAUUGAUCAGAUUUAUAAACAAAGCAAUAUUGUAUAUUGCUAGUAGCAGGAAGGGUGGGGAAGCCAUUCUUAAAGCUGUUGUAGCAGGCACAAUCCAUUCAGGGAAUUUGAGGUUCAGAGUAGGUGUGAUGCAGGGAGAUGCACUUCCCAUGGAUUUUACUUUAAAAAAUAAAUAGCAGAGCCACCUCAGUACACCUUUCGAUUGAGGCGAUGGCAAAGAUAAGUGGGGAGGUCCUUUCUCUGCUUCAUUUUCCUGACUUUAGUUGGGGCCCUCCAGACAUGUGAUUUGCCCUGUGAGAAAAAGUUUAUAGGUAAUUUGCCCAAUACUUGUAUUUUUUUUCUCCGUUGCCCCCACAAUGCAGCUCCAGCCCAAACUGGGCGUGUCUGCAGCUCCUGUUCAAUCCAUGGGGGAGGGGGGACCAGAGGUGGCAAUCAAUUUACAGCUGUCCCAAGGGCAGACCCUCAGUCUUGGCCAUUUCAUCUGCACCCUGCUUAUGCAAAAACAUUGUCAUUCACUCCCUGCACCUGAAAUUGAACUGGCAAAAUGAUAUUGGACUAAGUCCCCCAAACUAAAUUCUGCCAUCUGAGUGAAUUGCAGAAAUCUGAAAAACUUGUCAAGAGCUAUAGGGGCUAGGGAAAGAGAUAUGCUAAACAGGAGUUGGGUUGAGAAUAUGCCCCAGUCCCCUGGAAUCCCAAACUUGGAAAAUACACAGGACAGAAAAGAACAAACCCCUCCUAAAUAAGCAUUUUAUGUUCCAUAUAAACUGUUUUAGCUUCAGCUAAAGCAGAGAGCUAGGCUAACUUGGGUACGGUUAUGUGCCCUGCAUGUUGGGCCUCUUUUAGUUAUCCUGACAUAUUUGUAUGCCGAGCAUGUGUGUUUCUCAGUGACAGAUCAGAACCUAGGUUGGCUUAGUAAUAGUAUUCAUCUGCAAGUUAGAGCCUCUUGAUUGUAGUGUGCUACAGGAGCCUGUAUUCAUUUUGAAAUCUGAUCUAUGGUUUGAUGCAGUCUGUUUUCAUUGAAUUGAUUGUAAUCCCUCAUUUAUCCAAGAAAGACCCCCUGCAAGGUCAUUGAUUCUGAUUUUUUAAAAACAAUGAAAAAGCAUAGUUUUAAGUUAGGGACUCUUUUGUCAUAAUUAUAUUGCAACAACAUUAUUAUUGAGUAAUAUAUAAAUUAUAUUGUAAAUAUGUGUAACACUGGUGUAAAUAAUGUGUAUUUGUACAGAAAUUAAUUACUGACUACUUGACCCUGAUGUAAAGUACAGUACAGAUACAUUUACCUAUAACAUGUUUUUACCAAUAACAGCGAAGGUUUAUCAUGAAAUAAUGGAAAUAACUUCCCGGCAGCAUUGCCCCUUCAAUAAACUAUGUGAAGGUAUUGAAAAUA